AUGAAGAUGCACGCGGCUGUGUGGCAUUUCGCCGAUACCGACGGGAACAAGUACACCAAGAAAUAUGCACGCAAGGGGAAAGGUCUACAUGCCACCGAUCGGGAAUCAAGCGACAGUAAAUGGCUGCGGAACCACGGCGGCAAGCGCAUCCGGGACGCCUGGAAGGCGCUGUCUCCCAAGACGAAAGCUCGUUUGAUGCAGGAGACGCCUGAUGAUACGUUCCCUGAUCAAUCAGAGGGGAUAUUAGAUGAGCGCACCAAGGCGACGCCACAACCGACAUCGGUAGCGAUGCCGUCCACGAUUCGGACCAAGCGCAAGACAAACGCAAGCUGCAAGGACUUGACACACCUCAGGGCUGUGCUCAAUCGAAAUCGAUCAAAGUACUACAGCGUGGUGUGCGAAGAGGAAGAGCUACGAAUCAAGACGGCCUACAAUAAUGGGAGCCUUGCAGGGGUCAUUGAAGCUAUGGCUUCGGGCGUAAAGAACGCCAUUUAUCUGGCGCAUUCACGAGACCGAUGUCAAACGAGCACAGACGCGUUUAGAGCUGUUUGCCUCCGGGUUGGCGAUGUUUUAACGAGCGCCAUGUCGAACACCUCGUUUCCCCCAGAACCCAAUUACGACAGCGAUGCACCAAGCCCCGAGUUUGCUGCCGGAAGAAUUAAUCAAGCCUGGCGAAAUUAUCAGCACAGCGUAAAAGAGCUACGCUCCGCACUUGCCCAGAAUGGUGUUGAUGGUGAUCCUGAUCCUUCUUUGCUCGCUUCCAUCCACCCUGCUUUCGCUUCAAAUACCAAACGCUAA